AUGGUGUCAGCGUGCCGGAAUCCAGUACCCGGUCAGGAUUUUUGUUACUACAAUUACAUGGAUGGGGAUCCGCUGAAAACGGGUAUGAUGGCGAUGAAUAAUGCUGAUAAUAAUUUGUUCAUACUGGCGGAAAGCGGGAAUGCGGGCCCUGGUGUGGAGGACCCGAAUAAGAAGGUCCGGAAGCCGUAUACUAUAACCAAGUCUAGAGAGAGCUGGACUGAGCAGGAGCACGACAAAUUCCUCGAAGCCCUUCAACUAUUUGAUCGUGACUGGAAAAAGAUUGAAGCAUUUGUGGGGUCAAAGACAGUUAUCCAGAUUCGUAGCCAUGCUCAGAAAUAUUUUCUGAAGGUCCAGAAGAAUGGAAAGAGUGAACAUGUACCUCCGCCACGUCCAAAGAGAAAAGCAGCCCAUCCUUAUCCACAAAAGGCUCCCAAAAAAGUUAUGUCUCAUACUACUGGACCAUUGCAGUCUUCAGCUUCUUUGCUGGAGCCUGGAUAUGUUGCGACGCCAGAUCCAUUGUCGGUACCUGGAAACACAAUUAAUAGGGCUACCUUAUCGCCUUGGAUUUAUAAUAUUGUUCCAGCAGGCAGUAUGUCAGACGUGUCAAGAGAUGACAUGGGAUUAGCCAGUUUAGCUUUGACACAUAAUUAUAGCAGCGACAGUAAUGAAAGCACUUCUCGGCUGAGGCCAAGUAAUGAAUCAAAUCCCCAAGUAAAAGAGGAACAAGGCCUGCCAAUGAAAGCUAUGCCUGAUUUUGCUCAAGUCUACAGCUUUAUUGGUAGUGUCUUUGACCCUAAUGCAAGUGAUCACUUGGAAAGACUAAAGAAGAUGGACCAGAUAAAUGUUGAAACGGCGGUGAUGUUGAUGAAGAAUCUAUCCAUCAAUUUGAUGAGUCCUGAAUUUGAGAAUCAUAGGAGGAUGUUAUUAUCGCACAGUGUUGGCAUCGAGAAAGAAAGGUUUGAUAGCCCUUUGAAAAAUCUUCAAGCUGACAAACUCGGGAAUGCAAUUACAACAGUGUAG